AUGUGGUUCCCCAAAUCAUUGUCGGCGCUAUGGCUGGCUUCUUGUGUUAUGGCCGCUGGAGAUACGCAGACUACGAAGCUGAGUGAGGACGGAAUUAGGAGCAUACCGCUUCGAACACAUUCGCUGAAUCAGCCAUAUUUGGAUUCGGAUAUGCAAAGUAGAUGGUUCGAUUUCGGCGGAAAUACUAUUGUGAGAGCAGACAAGUACAUACGAUUGACAUAUGAUCAUCCAUCUUCUUCAGGAUGGCUCUUCUCAAGAGUCCCACUAACAGCCACAAACUGGGAGAUCGAAGUCGAAUUCAAGGUCCAUGGUCAAGGCAACCUCCAUGGUGAUGGUUUCGCCAUGUGGCUCACCAAGCAACGCGGCAUCCAAGGCGACGUCUUCGGCUCCGUUGACAAAUUCGAAGGUCUUGGUAUCUUCUUCGACACCUACAAGAACAAUCGUCCCGGAACCGUCUUUCCCUACGUAAUGGCCAUGGUCGGCGAUGGCAACACUGCCUAUGACAAGAGCAACGAUGGCAAAGAUCAAGAAUAUAUGGGCUGUUCUGCACGGGGUCUCCGCAAUGCGAAUGUCCCAACUAAAGCCAAACUCACCUAUUUCCAAGACAAAUCUCUCAAACUCGAACUCCAAUACAAGAAGGAAGAUCAAUGGGAACUCUGCUUUGAAACUUUCGAACCACCUACUAUUCCAUCCGUAGCCUAUCUCGGAUUUUCUGCCGAAACGGGUGAAUUGAGCGAUAACCACGAUAUCAUCAGCGUCAACACGAAUAAUUUGUACGAUACCAACACUCACAAGAAUAAGUACAAGGAUUCGCAGCCCAAGCCUGAAAAUGGAAAUAGUAGAUCUCAAAAGGGACAGGGUAUUUUGAACAGAAAGAAGAAGCCUGCCGGAAGCUGGAGUUGGUUCUUUGUUAAGUGUAUCAUUGGAUUAGUGUUUCUAGGUGGCGGUUAUGUCGGAUAUACGGCUUGGAGAACUUCGCAAAGGAGAAGCCAUCGAUUUUAG